AAAUACAUUCAACACAGCAACAAUGCAUAAGCUGGUAUUCUGCUGUCUCAUUAUUAUUGGCUUCUCCUGUCCUCUCUCUUCUCUCCCCAUCAUCAAUGCCAGCGAGAUGUCGUAUCAACUCUCAGCUGAUGAUGAUCCAAGAUUAAACCUGGAGAGGCUGGGCAGCCUAGGAAGCACUUCCCUGGUACAGUUCCUGCCAGAGCUCUUGGGCACACUGGCUGAAGACAACAAAGGAGGUCUUAGCCCCAGCAGCUACAAUGCAAGGGAAAAUAUCAAAGAGACUUCCUAUGGAAAUCCUCCUCGAGUUGCUUUGCUGGGCCGCUUCUUGACCAAGGACAGGAAACAGUACAAGAAACGUGGGAAUCUUUCUGAGUGCUUCUGGAAAUACUGUGUGUGAACAGAAGAAAAUCUCCCUGACUUUGGUUGCAUAAUUUAUACAGAUGUCUGAAAACAUGUUUCUAGAUUUGCUUUUGAUUUAAAAUGAGAACGAAGAAACAAGCCAGCUCCUAACUUUAGAUUCUAUGCUACUUGGAAAUUAAUAAAUUCUUGAUGUUUUGCAA